GACCAGCAGGAUGAGCAGCGGCACGGAGACCCCCGCGGCUGCAGAGGCCGCCCCAGCGGCUUCCGGGACCCCCAAAAGGGACGGGCCGGGGGCUGCGGGUUCCCCGGUGCAGCUGGUCAUCAAGGAUCUCGGGGAGAUCCACUCCCGGCUGUUCGACCACAGGCCCGUCAUCCAGGGAGAAACGCGCUUCUUCCUCAGGGAGUUCGAGGAGAAACGGGGCCUACGGGAGCUGCGGUCUCUGGAGAAGCUGAGGAACCUGACCCAGGAGACCAGUCAGGACACACUGCCCAUGUGCGAGGAAGCGCUGCGGGACGGCCUGGGCCCAGUGCUCCAGAGACCGACCUUCACGACUUCAGAUACAGCCAAAAUUCCUGAGACGGGACAGGGCCGUGGGGGCUCUUUGGCCGCCGCGUCUGAGGUCGCCCGCAGACUGCAGCAGAGAGAGCACAAGUGGAAGACGGGACAGCAGGAGCGCUUGGCAGCUUGGGAGCAGCAGCAGGCACAGCGGCUGGACGAGCUGAGGCAGGAGCAGCGGAGCCGGGAGGCGGCUCUGGACGAGGAGCACCGGGGCGCCGAGGCGCGGCUGCGGGAGCACUUCUCACGCAGGGAGCAGGAGCUCCGAAGGUUUGCCGCCUUCUAGGCCCCCGCUGACCACCCGGCUGAUCGUCUCCAUCCUUCUCCGAAUUGGAGGUUCGCCCCAGCCCAGCUGGCAUUUUCUUGAGACAGAGACCAGCCAGAGCCUGCGGCCACCCCUGCCCACUCUGGGAGCUUUGAGACUCAACCUUCAGCUGGGGACACCCAGAGGGGCUGAGGGUCAAAAAGGAGGCUCAGCUCUUGCUGUCAACUCCAUAGUCCCCACAGACCAUCAGACCCACACUGACCCCACCGACCUGCACUGAUCCCCUUAAAUCCCCUCAGACCUGCACUGACACCCUGACCCACACUCAGUGACCCGCUCCUGGUCAUCCUUCCUGUGACUCUCCCCUGCAUCAUGUCAGGUUCCAGGCUUGUGUGGCUGUGGCUGAGACAUCAGGACCCAUCCCCUAUGGGUCCCUUCUCAGCCCUCAGAAAAAGACCCUACAACU